CGCUGCCACGGUGCUCUGUGCUGUCGGUGGUGUUACCUCACGUUCCCCGCCACGCUCGCGGCACGUCGAGUUUCGUCGAAUUGGACGACGAACCAGCGAGCCCUCGAUGACUCUUGGACAUUGAAGAAUGAUUCCGUGAGUGAGUGAAAGGACAAGAAGGGCAUCUUUCCGUGUGGGAAUCUGGGUGAGUGAACACUCUUGACACAAGAAGAACGAUAAGAAGAAUUUCGUUAGAACUGUCAGAUAUCGAACUGUGAUCUGAUGAUUGCAAGAAAAAUGUGAAAAUCGUUGAAUUAUACGAACGCGUGGUAUCGUUAUAGAAAAGUGUUGUGUCGCGGUAUUUCUCAAGCACAGAAUCAUGAUGCCCAAGAGUAGUGAAAAGCAGAUUUUGUUAUGCACAGAAACAUGUGAAACGAUAACUCUGAGGUAAAAAGAAUCCAAGGACAGUUUGUAGAAAUUAAUUAAAAAAGGGAUUAGAGAUAGAGUGAUCGAGAUGUCGUCGAAAACGCUUCACAACGAACAUAUCAAGCGUCCUAUGAAUGCGUUCAUGGUGUGGUCACGAGGUCAACGGCGGAAGAUGGCACAAGAAAAUCCAAAGAUGCAUAAUUCUGAGAUCUCGAAGAGGCUUGGCGCGGAAUGGAAGCUCCUCAGCGAAAGUGAGAAGCGACCUUUCAUCGAUGAGGCCAAAAGAUUAAGAGCUCUCCACAUGAAGGAGCACCCGGACUACAAGUACCGUCCUCGCAGGAAGCCGAAAUCCUUGGUGAAAAAGGAGAACAAAUUCGGCUUCUCGAUAUCGCCCCUGAUGUCCUCGGGUGAGACCCUGAGCAACAUAUCGAGAGGCUUGUUACCACCUUUGGCGCCGCCUUCUCACCACUCGCUGAUGAGCCACGAGGAUCUCAAGAUUCCCCGUUUCUUUCCACCGUUUCCCUAUCCACUCUAUCCCAUUCAACACAAGCUCGGGGAAGAGUUCAACAGCGGAAAACUAGCCGCGGACCUCGCCUUUCAAGCUCUCUACGGAGGCAGCACAUAUUAUUCGAGCCACCAAACGAUGUCUUGGCCAGGCUUGUCAACAGCCACGUGUCUUCAGCCCAACUGCGGCUGUCCGAGUUCGCCCAAGGAUCCCAAGCGGACGUACCUGCCUACGAAACUCGAAGAGAGGCCGUUCCCCAGUCCGGGAAAACCCGAGGACGACGGGUUCCCGUCGGACAGAGACUCCAGCAGAGAGGAAUCCCGUUGCAGGAAACUGGAUGAGGAUACGUUUUCGGUAUCGGCGGACAGACACCAGGAAGACAGGUCCCAGGAUCGUUUCUCUUCGUCGUCUUCAUCGUCCCCCACCGAGCAAACGGAGAAGACCGUGAACACGGCGGCAACGACAACGCCGACCACCAAAGUCGAGAGCGCAUUCUCCGUUCAGAAUCUGACGUCGUCUAGCUCGAACAACUUAGCCGGGCAUCGCAAUCACGUCAUAUGAAGGCCGCUUCCGGUUCUCCCGGACCUAAAUUUCCGGGGGAACCUGAUACCACCUGGAUGGCCUACCACCGAUUGGUGGAGGGUUCCGCCGAUGCUCUCGCCGAUUCCCCAGGCAACCGUCACGAACCUGAACGCUUCCACGAAGGAUGACGAGGUUCAGUUUCAGGAGGAGCAAAGGAACUCUGCGAUGGCCAGGUCGAGGAUUCAUAUCGGGAAUGUACAGUGAUAUAUUGAUAUGAAAAAUAAAUUAGGGGACGGUGGGUAGUCCCAUCCGAGAUUGUGCUUGGAGGUAAAAAAAAAAAAUACACGGAAAGAUACUUAAUAAUACGAAAUGUUCCGCGUCGAGUGAGGAAUUUUAGUCGGCGGUAAAGUGACUUUUGAGAGUGCUGUAAGAACGUAUGGAUGAAGAAACCAGGAAGGUUUCUUGGAUUGUUCGUAAACCUGUUGCGUUGUAUGAUAAUUCCAUGUUUUUUACGACUGUAUAUAAUGUAUCCACAAAGAUUCGAAGACCUUUGGGUUCUCGAAGAGAGUUCGGCUUGAAAGAAAUCACAGUGAAUCGAGCGUGAAUCGCGAACGCGCCUUCUCUAGAGAAAGCGUACUGGCCGAGGACUUCUCGACAGUAAAUCGUACGUUCCGACGAGAAUUCGUUAUGCGAGACCGAUGGUAGAUACCAAAGCUGAAUCGAAUCGAUAACUCGCCAUGGUCGAAAUUCUACAAAGAGGAAGAGAGAGAAAAAGAGAUGCGAAAGGGUCCCUUCUGGGCAAAGCGUGUACAGGGAUGCCAGAGAAGAGUCCAAUUUUGAUGAGAUAACCAACCCUCUCGUAGCACAUAUUACCGCACACGUGAGCCAAAGCGGUGGCCACGGGGACAGAAAAGAGCCGCCCCCGUACGAGAGGAAAAGGAGGAGAAAAAAAAACCCUCUUCUGGCGGAGGCAAAUCUCUUCUUUGGGACGCGGCCAUGCGAAAUAAGCCAAACGUUCUGAAUGCUAACGUAGAUGCGACACAGCGGACCUGCAUACGCGUUACACUACCCCCCGCCCCCGCAUCCCCCCUUAAAACCCCCUCGCGAGAUGAUUUUAUUGCGUCGCGUCGCGGUGCCCGACGUCGCGCAUCGAUAUUGUAACUAUCUACCCGAUACUUCCCGCGUCUUCCUCCUCUUUCUCGACAGUUUUUCUUUCCGUUAUUCUCUUUCACGAUUGAUAGAGAGGAUGAUUGUGACCGGGGUCUGGUAAGUCGAUGAAAUCGUUAUUAUAGUAAAUUAUACGUCUGUUCAAUUUUCGUAAAGCUUUCACGAAAGCUUGUGAUACGUGGUUAUUAAUUUCGUAGACGUUUACAUGUGUUGAUCAGGAUUUUGUUAUUCCUUUUUGUUUCGAAAGAUGCGAAUAGUGAAAAAUAAUGUGAUAACAAGCUUCUAUCCCUUUUUGUAUUGUUAUUAACAAAAAUGUUAUUGCAAAUCUGACGCAUUCGUUGCCGGCAGGGAUCGAAACGUCUAGUUUAUUUUUCUCCACGCUGAUUCCGAUUGUGUUGAACGGGACAUUUCAAGAUAAGGCAAAUUAUACGGGCGUCAACGGACAAUGGUCUCGACGCUGGUAACGAACGUGUUAAGCGGCUGGCCAGCAAUAAUAAAAGCGUUCAAUUCGUGCAAAUUGUUUGCAGACGCGUCGAUUCUGUCCGCGAAUUGUUGAAUUUGUUGUCGCCGCGAUUCUCGCAGUUUUAUAUCGCAGCUGAUCUUUCGCGCGCCGGCAUUUUCCAAAUUUUAUACACGCUUGUUUUGUUGCGCGCGUGGCGCGUAUUUUUCACACGCGGCGAAAUUUCGAUCGCGACUCACACAAAUACAUUCAUUGUACGUUGUGUAUCGACCACGACGAUCGAGCGUCACGACCGACGACACCAGAAUGGAAACUAAUUUACGCGUGCACAUUUUUCUCCCGCAUCUAGAAAUUGUAUACAGUUAACGAAGUUAAAAAAAAAAAAA